UGGAGGUUAAUUAAAAAUGUGGUUCGCACCUUCAAGUACUUCUACGGCCUGAGGUUUGAAGUGAAGGGUCUGGAGCACUUCGGGAUGGAAGGUCCCUGUGUCAUCAUUUCAAACCACCAGAGCAUCCUGGACAUGAUCGGGCUGAUGGAAAUCCUUCCGGAGCGCUGCGUCCAGAUUGCCAAGAGGGAGCUGCUCUACACGGGGCCAGUGGGAUUGGUCAUCUACCUGGGUGGGAUCAUCUUCAUCAACCGGAAGAGAACCGGCACCGCCAAGUCCGUGAUGUCCGGAGUCGGCCAGACCAUGACCAAUGAGAACCUCAAGAUCUGGAUCUAUCCAGAGGGAACAAGGAACAUGAAUGGGGACCUUCUGCCGUUCAAGAAGGGGGCUUUUCAUCUCGCCAUCCAGACGCAGGUUCCAAUAAUUCAAGUGGUCUAUUCCUCCUUUACUUCAUUUUACAACCCAGAAAAGAAGACGUUUACAUCAGGCAAAAUCAAGGUGGAAAUCUUUCCACCCAUCUCAACGAAAGGCCUGACAACUGAGGAUGUUGAUGAUCUCGCCAAGCAGUGCUACACCACCAUGAGGGACACCUUCUUCAGGUUGUCGGGAAAGAGCAAAGAAACCAACGGAGAGGCCUCCGUCCUUGGGCAGUAGGGUCUCUUGCCCAAAUGGCUGUGGGACAGAUCCUUCAAUUGCCCCAAACAUUGGCCAAGGUCCCCUUGCUUGAUGUUGUGAUGAAAACAUGUAGGUUGUUCCCGAAGAACUUGAGGGAGGGAGGAGGAAGUUUCAACCAGUGUUGGAUGUGCUCAAACCUCUCAGGUGGAGGAAUCUCCUCUGGUUUUUCCCUCCCCACCUUCUUCUCCACAAACUGCUAUUACCAAAGAGUCCUGUGCUUCUUCUCAGUGUCCACAACCAGCAGUUGAAACCACCCCAAGUGCCUUUUCUCUCUCCUGGUGACUCCAGGGAUUGAGUCCAUGCCUUCCUCCUUGCCCUCUAGGGUGAUAGUUCCACUAUUUGACGCUGUUUUGGGUUGAAGGGAGAACGUUCCUGAACCAGUAAUGAUCCUUGUCCAGAAGAGGAGAUGCUGGGCGUUUGCUGUCCUGAUAAGGCUGCAUCUAUUAAUGUUGGGAAACAAGGUGUGCAAGUAAACUCUCACAGGUAAGCUGGGGAGAGUGUGAAGGACCACGGCAGAGUUUGUCACUAUGGUAACCAAGCAAAUUCUUAUCUUCUACCCAGGACUCUUAAUGCAGCGCUUCUCAGUCUCACCAACUUUUAAGAUGUGAGGACCUCAACUCCAAGAAUUCUCCAGCCAGCUAUAAGGGAAUGCUGGCGGGAGAAUUCUGGGCACUGAAGUCCAUACAUCAUAAAGUCCUUCCAACUUUAAAUGUUGCCUAAGCAUAAGGAACUUUUUUUAUUUAUUUGGGAACAAAGUGUCACCCCCCCCCCCAAUGUUCUUUUCUUUGAAGAUAACCAUAGCUCUGUUGCAAGCAGAGAUAUUUCAAGGAUUUGAGUCGCCAAAAGUGGCCUCGUGGUUUUGGGUGCCAAAGUGCAAAGCAGGCGUACUAACUUGGAAAUUCUGAGAUCUCAUGAUGGUGAAGAGAAGAGCUGACAAGGGGGCGAAUCCUUUUUGCUGGAGAGGAAUUCAAAAGAGUUACAAACGUGUAAAGAGAUUUGAUUAAAUUGACCCUGCCCGUAGGGUUUGGGUUUGCCCAUCACCUCAGCACAAAGCAUGUGCGUGCAUUUUGUUUUGAUUUUUGUAAGAAGGGAGGGCACAAUGCUGCUUGCAACCCUUCACUAAUUCGGUUGCCCUCGGCAGAGUUGUGAGUCCCAACGGUUGAGUUGUGCUGGGGCAGAAAUUCCCAAAACUCUUAAAGGGAAUGGAAAGUACUUUUAGACAGGCAUCGUGUUCACUCAGAAUUGUGAUGGAGAACUUGCCAUUUGUCCAGCAUCCUCCGCAUGUUGAGCUGCUGUCCUGCUAAACUGUGGUUGCUCCCCACAAGCCUUGACCCCCCAGCCAUUGUCAUCCAAACCAGACAGAGAAGUCACUGCCUGUUGGUUGACAAUCAGCCUUGCGCUUCCUUCAGUGUCCAAGUUGAGGGAAGACUCCGCCAUCUUGCAAAGUUUGAAUGAUGCCCUCCAGCCCCCCCGAGAGAAAGACUCUGGAAUAUUUUUUUUACUCAAGGUUGGAGACUUUCAUCUGUUUCUGAACCAAGUUGGGUGGGCUUAGGUGAUCUUUAAGGUCCCUGCCAGCCCCGCCAUGCAAAAGCAAGUUGCUUUCCCUUAGUUUCAUCCAAUCUGCACCCCACCGGUCCCCAUGGGUUAUUCUACAGUCCCACAAAAAGGGCCGGGACUGGCCACAGCUCCUUUAUCUGGAGGCUCCGGAGCAGAAGAUCUCAACCAUAACAACGUCAAGAUGGGCAGCCUUCAAACUCCCAGAAUUCCCUAGCCAGCUUACUGGUUAGGGAAUUGUGGGAGUUGGAAGUCCAUCCAUCUUAAAAAUCACUGAGGUUGAAAACUCUCUGGAGAAUUCCUUGGGGAUCAGUCAUCCUUCCUUGGAUAGGAGAACAGUUGAAGUCCAGGAUCUCUCCGUUCCAUCCCAGGAUCUCGGGUGCUGUUCGUGCUGUGCCCCCCUCCACCCCAGUCCAAUUCUGCAACAAAGCCGCUUUGUGGGGGAAUGAAGCUACAAGAUCCAUCAAGCACAAUUCCUGCAUUCAGACGAUCUGUUGUCUCCACCAUCUUUAAAAGCCAGUUUCAGCUUUAUUUACAGGGUUUGGGAACAUGGUUGUCCUGUCUGGAGGGGAGGGGGAAACGACAAGGCUCUCAACCUUAGGAAAAGCACUUAUCACCAGCCUGGGGUGGAGACAAGAAAGAGUAUAUGUGGCUGCUGGGAGUUGUAGUCCCGGCAGCUGAAGAAUGGUUUUCCCACCCCUUCAAAAGCAUACCAAAAACAUGUGCAAAAGUGCCUUAUUGCUAAAGCUUUGAUUACUUUUUGGUAUCGUCAAAUGUACUAUUUUUAUAAAGAAUUUUAUUUAAAGAGAA